UGCGGGUUGAGCGGUGCGCCGCCGCAGGGGCAGGGUGCCCGCCCGGGUCGCCGCCUACUUCGUUCCGGCUCCGCCUUCCCCGCCGCGGCUGCGCCAUGGUGCUGGAGUCGGUGGUCGCAGACCUGUUGAACCGCUUCCUGGGGGACUACGUGGAGAACCUUGACAAGUCGCAGCUGAAGCUGGGCAUCUGGGGUGGCAAUGUGGCUUUAGAUAAUCUACAGAUAAAAGAAAAUGCUCUGAGUGAAUUCGACGUUCCUUUUAAAGUCAAGGCUGGGCAAAUUGGUAAAUUAGCUUUGAAGAUUCCUUGGAAAAACCUUUAUGGAGAAGCAGUUGUUGCAACUCUAGAGGGAUUGUAUCUGCUUGUUGUCCCUGGAGCAAGUAUUAAGUAUGAUGCUGAGAAAGAAGAAAAAUCCUUGCAGGAUGUUAAACAGAAAGAGCUUUCCCGAAUUGAAGAAGCCCUUCAAAAAGCAGCAGAGAAGGGCACACAUUCAGGACAGUUCAUAUAUGGCUUGGAAAACUUGGUUUACAAGGACGUCAAGCCUGGACGUAAGCGUAAAAAGCACAAAAAACAUUUUAAGAAACGUUUUAAAGGUCUUGAUCGCUCAAAAGAUAAGCCUAAGGAAGCAAAAAAGGAUACAUUUUUGGAAAAAUUGGCAACUCAAAUAAUAAAAAAUGUACAAGUGAAAAUCACAGACAUUCACAUUAAAUAUGAAGAUGAUGUCACUGAUCCGGAGCAGCCGCUCUCAUUUGGUGUUACCCUGGGGGAGCUUAGUCUACUGACUACAAACGAGAAUUGGACUCCAUGCAUAUUAAAUGAAGCAGAAAAAAUUAUAUACAAGCUAAUCCGACUGGAUAGUCUCAGUGCUUACUGGAAUGUGAACUGCCGCCUGUCCUACCAGGGGUCCCGAGAACAGAUCUUGGAUCAACUGAAAAAUGAAAUUCUUACCAGUAGACAGAGACCUCCAAACCAUCAAUACAUUUUCCAGCCAAUAUCAGCCUCUGCAAAACUCUACAUGAAUCCUCAUGCAGAAGUAGAACUCAAAACUCCCAAAUUAGAUUGGAGCAUAGAAGUGCAGAAUAUUGCCAUUGAGCUGACCAAGCCCCAGUACUUAAGUAUGAUUGACCUUUUGGAAUCGUUGGAUUAUAUGGUUAGAAAUGUACCUUAUAGGAAAUAUAAACCUAAUUUACCACUUCAUACCAAUUGUAGGCAAUGGUGGAAGUAUGCCAUUGAUUCAGUUCUUGAAGUUCAUAUAAGAAGAUGUACACAGAUGUGGUCAUGGUGUAACAUAAAGAAGCAUAGAGAGUUACUCAAGAGUUAUAAAAUCGCUUACAAGAAUAAGCUAACUCAGACUAAACUCUUGGAAGAAAUCCAGAAACAAAUUCAGGACCUGGAGAAGACUUUAGAUGUUUUUAACAUAAUUUUAGCAAGGCAACAAGCACAAGUCGAGGUGAUUCGAUCUGGGCAGAAACUUAGGAAGAAAUCCACUGACACAGGGGAGAAACGGGGAGGCUGGUUUAGUGGGUUUUGGGGUAAGAAGGAGUCUAAGAAAAAAGGUGAAGAAUCAUUGAUUCCUGAAACUAUUGAUGAUCUUAUGACCCCUGAGGAGAAGGACAAACUAUUCACUGCUAUUGGUUACAGCAGGAGCAUGCAUAACUUGACUUUGCCCAAGAAGUAUGUUGCCUAUAUAAUGACCUUGAAGUUGGUAAGCACUUCUAUUGUAAUCAGAGAAAACAAAAAUAUUCCUGAAAUCCUAAAAAUCCAGAUCAUUGGCCUGGGCACCCAAGUAUGCCAGCGACCAGGAGCGCAAGCCCUUAAGGUAGAAGCAAAGUUAGAACACUGGUAUAUCACAGGUCUGAGACAGCAGGAUACUGUGCCAUCCCUUGUGGCUUCCAUUGGCGACACUGCAUCAUCCUUGCUUAAAAUUGAGUUUGAAACCAAUCCAGAGAACAGCCUUGCUGACCAGACGCUGACCAUCCAGUCCCAGCCUGUGGAGGUCAUCUACGAUGCUAAAACCAUCAAUGCAGUGGUUGAUUUCUUUCAGUCAAAUAGGGGAUUGGAUCUUGAGCAAAUAACAUCAGCUACUUUGAUGAAGCUGGAAGAAAUUAAAGAGAGAACAGCUACUGGACUUACACAUAUAAUUGAGACUCGAAAAGUUCGUGAUUUAAGGAUAAAUCUGAAGCCUUCUUAUCUAAUAGUUCCACAGACAGGCUUCCACCAUGAAAAGUCAAAUCUUCUCAUUUUAGAUUUUGGUACAUUUCAGCUCAACAGUAAAUGUCAAGGUCUACAGAAGACUACCAGUUCAUCUUUGGAAGAAAUAAUGGAUAAAGCAUAUGACAAGUUUGAUGUUGAAAUAAAGAGUGUGCAACUACUCUUUGCAAGAGCAGGGGAAAACUGGAAGAAGUGUCGUUUUCAGCACCCGUCCACUAUGCAUAUACUGCAUCCCAUGGAUAUUCAUGUGGAGCUAGCCAAGGCGAUGGUAGAGAAGGACACGAGAAUGGCCAGAUUUAAAGCAUCAGGAGGACUUCCUUUGAUGCAUGUGAGGAUUUCAGACCAGAAGAUGAAAGAUGUGCUGUGUUUGAUUAACAGUAUACCUUUGCCACAGAAAUCAUCAACUCAAUCUCCAGAGAGACAGGUAUCGUCAGUUCCUGUUGCUUCAAGUGGGACAAAAGUUCUCCUUGGUACUUCAUUAUUGCUGAGUGAAAUGGAUUCAGAGUCUGAUGAUGAGUAUUUCGACGCUGAAGGCGGUGCCUCCCAGGUGCCUAGAGGUGCGCCAGGCUCCGAACCCCGAAAGGCUGCGGAGGUUCCGAACGAGGCCCUCGUUAAUCUUCUGCUCAAGUUUGAAGUUAAAGGAGUAAUUUUGGAAUUUACUAAACAACAGAAAGAAGAAGAUACAAUUCUAGUAUUUAAUGUUACUCAGUUAGGAACAGAGGCCACAGUGAGAACUUUUGACCUAACUGUGGUGUCUUAUUUAAAGAUCAGCUUGGAUUACCAUGAAAUUCAAGGAUCAAGAAAAAAGCCCCUUCACUUGAUUAGCUCUUCUGACAAACCUGGGUCAGAUCUUUUAAAAGUAGAGUAUAUUAAGGCUGAUAAGAGUGGACCUAGUUUUCAAACCACUUUUGAAAAAACUGAACAGACAUUUAAGGUGGCCUUUUCCUCUUUGAACUUGUUGCUGCAAACCCAAGCUCUUCUCUCUUCUAUUAACUACCUGACAACCAUCCUUCCCUCAGAAGGCCUUGGAGGCCAUCCUGACCCAGGGACAGGCCAGCUUCCAGAUAGGUGUUACAAGCCAAGAGCCCAGAUUUCGGAUAGGAAAGUGCUCAUGAUUGUAUCCUCUAAAGACAGUGAUGUUACUGGCUUCAGAUUGUUUGCCAAGUUAAAUGUUUUCUGUGUCACCAUUUGCAAUGAGAAGAGCAGUAUUGCUGAAAUCAGGAUACAAGGCCUCGACUCGUCCCUUUCUCUUCAGUCAAGGAAGCAGUCACUUUUUGCCAGACUGGAAAAUAUUAUUGUUACAGAUGUUGAUCCUAAGACAGUUCAUAAAAAUGCUGUGUCAAUAAUGGGAAAUGAAGUUUUUCGUUUUAACUUGGAUUUGUACCCAGAUGCGACUGAAGGGGAUUCAUACACUGACAUGUCCAAAGUGGAUGGCGUGGUGUCGCUGAAUGUUGGCUGCAUUCAGAUUGUCUAUCUUCAUAAGUUCCUUGUGUCCCUUUUGAACUUCCUGAACAAUUUCCAGACAGCCAAAGAGGCCCUGAGCGCAGCCACCGCGCAGGCUGCAGAAAAGGCCGCCACCAGUGUGAAAGACCUUGCCCAGCGGAGUUUGCGCUUCUCUGUCAGCAUUAAUUUGAAAGCACCCGUUAUUGUCAUCCCACAGUCUUCUGUCUCCAGCAACGCUGUUGUGGUGGACCUUGGUUUGAUCAGAGUUCAGAACCAGUUCAGUCUUGUGUCUGGGGAAGGGUCUGUAAAUCCUCCUGUGAUCGAUAGAAUGGAUGUGCAGCUCACGGACCUGAAGCUGUCCAGGACAGUGAUCCAACCAGGCACCUCCCAGCCUGAUAUUCAGCUGUUGCACCCAAUUAACUUUGAGUUUUUUGUAAAUCGAAAUCUACCUGCAAGUUGGUAUCAUAAGGUACCUGUUGUGGAAAUUAAAGGACAUCUUGAUACAAUGAAUGUUUGUCUAAAUCAAGAUCUUAAUGUUUUGUUUAGAAUACUGUCGGAAAAUCUUGGUGAAACUCCUGAAGAGUUAGAUAAAGUGAAACCAAGAGUACCAGAGACAGGUGAAAUCAAAGAUGCCCCUGAAGUUUCUACAUCACAGAGAUUACAAGCUUCAAAAGAUGCUUCAAGAGCUGAAAGAGAAGAAAUUAGAUCUGUAAACAUUGUUAAUGUACUGCUGAAUUUUGAAAUUAAAGAGGUUAUGGUGAUGCUGAUGAAAAAGGCGGAAAAGAGUGGGAGGCCAGUGCACGAGCUCAGUGUCCUGCAGCUUGGAGUGGAAGCUAGAGUUCAAGCUUAUGCCGUGACCGCUGAAGCUUAUCUCCAGCAAGUCAGCAUGCGGUGCCUGGAUUUCACUGACGCAGAAGGAGGCCCUCUGCACAUUGUGCGCUCCUCUCGCGUGACUAAGGAGCCGCUCCUGAAGAUGGCCUUGACCAAGGCAGACAGUGAUGGACCGGAAUUUAAAACUGUUCAUGACAAUACCAAACAGAGACUAAAGGUUUCAUUUUCAUCCUUAGACAUAUUACUUCAUUUAGAAGCUUUACUUUCCCUUAUGGAUUUUUUGUCAUCGGCUGUUCCAUCCUCUGAGUCAUCUUCUAGGAAGGAAUCUGAGCUAAAACCACUUGUAGGGGAGUCCAGAAGUAUUGCCAUCAAAGCUGUAUCUGGCACCAUUUCUAAAGAGGAUAUGUUCGAUUUAAAGGUUACAGCUGAAUUAGAUGCUAUUAAUGAUUCUGUAGCUGAUGUUAAAAUACAUGGAAUGGACGCCUCUGUUUCUGUGAAGCCAAAACAGACUGAUAUGUUUGCCAGACUUCAGAAUAUCAUAGUAACAAAUGUUGAUUUGAAGUCCAUUCACAAAAAGGCUGUCUCCAUCUUGGGAGAGGAAGUCUUUCGGUUCCAGAUGACUUUGUAUCCAGACGCCACAGAAGGAGAAGCCUAUGCCGACGUGUCUAAAGUGGAUGGCAGACUUAGUCUCAAAGUGGGUUGUAUUCAGAUCGUUUACGUUCAUAAAUUCUUCAUGUCUCUGUUGAAUUUCCUCAACAACUUCCAAGCUGCCAAGGAAGCUUUGAGCACGGCUACCAUGCAGGCUGCAGAGAGAGCUGCUUCUAGUGUGAGGGACUUGGCCCAGAAGAGCUUCCGCCUUGCGAUGGAUGUGGACCUGAAAGCACCGGUUAUUAUUAUCCCUCAGUCUUCAGUGUCGUCUAACGCUGUGGUGGCAGAUCUCGGUUUAAUCAGCGUGGAAAACAGCUUUAGCUUGCUUCCUGUAGAACGUUACCCUUUCCCUCCAGUCAUUGAUAAAAUGAAGGUCCAACUCACUCAAUUGAAGCUGUCCAGAACUAUCUUGCAAGCUGACUUGCCACAGGAUGACAUUGAAAUCUUAAAACCAGUAAACAUGCUUUUGUCUAUACAACGAAACUUAUCAGCAACCUGGUACAUGGAAAUUCCCGGGAUCGAGAUAAAAGGAAAGUUAAAACCUAUGCAGGUUGCUCUCAGUGAAGAUGACCUAACAGUUCUAAUGAAAAUUUUGCUGGAAAAUCUUGGGGAAGCUUCUCCACAGCCAAGCCCUGCACUGUCUGCUCAGGAGGCUGUGAGAGUGAGGAAAGAUAUUCCAAGUGGACCAGACUACCUGAGAGGUUUAAACCAUGAGAACAAGAAGAUUUGACAGACUUCUUUGGACCAGACCGUCACACUCCAAUUUGACUUUCAUUUUGCAUCUCUGUCCAUUAUCCUUUAUAACAGUGACGUCAGUCAGGAGUCCAAACUUGCAUUUCGUAAUGAUAGUUUUCGUCUCGGUGAGCUCAGACUGUACCUGAUGGCCUCUGCAGGGAAGAUGUUCAAGGAUGGCUCAGUGAAUGUCAGCCUUAAGCUGAAGACAUGCACGCUUGAUGACCUCAGAUAAGGCAUCGAGAGAGCCACGUCCAGAAUGAUUGACAGAAAGAAUGACCAAGAUAGCAGCAGUUCUAUGAUUGAUAUUCAUUACAAACAAGACAAAAACACAAGUCUAAUUGAUGCUGUUCUUGACAAGCUGUAUGUGUGUGCCAGUGUGGAGUUUUUGAUGACUGUGGCAGAUUUCUUCAUCAAAGCUGUGCCUCAGAGCCCAGAAAAUACGGCGAAGGAAAUACAAAUGCCAUCAAGACACAUUACCAUGGGGAAAGUCAAGACAGAAAAAGAUGAUUCUGCAAGACGAAACAUGACCUUGAAGGCCAAGAUCACAGACCCGGAAGUGGUGUUUGUGGCCAGCCUGAGCAGGGCGGACGCUCCUGCGCUGUCGGCCUCCUUCCAGUGUAAGCUCUGUGUGUCCGCAUCUGGGCUGGAGCAGGUGACGGAGGCAUCCAUCAAAGACCUGAGAGUGCUCGCUUGUCCUUUCCUCAGAGAGAAGAGGGGGCAAACCAUCACCACAGUCUUGCAGCCAUGCUCUUUAUCUAUGGAAAAAUGUACCUGGGCCUCGGGAAAACAGAAUAUCAAUAUUAUGGUUAAAGAAUUUAUAAUUAAGAUUUCACCCAUCAUUCUGAAUACUGUGAUGACAAUAAUGGCUGCCAUGUCUCCAAAGAUGAAAGAGGAUGAAUCGAGAGACACAUCUAAGGAAAUGGAAAGUCUCUGGGAUAUCAAGUCUAUUGAUGAUUAUAAUUCUUGGUUUCUUGGUGUUGACAUGGCAACCGAAGCAACAGAAAGUUUCAGAGCGAUGGAUCAUCCACUGAUAGAGGAAAACUGUGCUGUUGCUGUGGAAUCGGUCCAAGUCACUCUAGAAUGUGGCCUUGGGCACCGAACUGUGCCUUUACUAUUGGCAGAGUCCAAGUUUUCAGGAAAUAUUAAGAAUUGGACUUCCCUGUUGGCUGCUACUGCUGAUGUGACACUGCAGGUUCACUAUUACAAUGAGAUUCAUGCUGUGUGGGAGCCAUUGAUCGAGCGAAUAGAGGGGAAGAAACAAUGGAACUUAAAGCUUGAUGUAAAGAAGAACCCGAUCCAGGAUAAAAGUUUGAUACCAGGAGAUGAUUUUAUUCCUGAGCCCAAAAUGGCAAUUUAUAUUUCUUCAGCAGACACAAUGAAUAUAACAAUAUCCAAAACGUGUCUCAAUGUUUUCAGCAAUUUAGCAAAAGGUUUUUCGGAGGGCACUGCUUCUACUUUCGAUUACUCUUUAAAAGACAGAGCUCCGUUUACGGUCAGAAAUGCUGUAGGUGUUCCCAUGAAGGUGCAGCUCAGUCGUAACCUGAGAGUGAUGGGCUCCCCAGGGAAGAGCAAUGUCUAUGGUGUGGAUGCCGGUCAGCAUCUGGAACUGGAGUAUGCCAGCACGGAACCUUCCUCUCAAGGGAAGCUGUCUGUGCUGAGCCGUCAGGAGAGUUCCUUCUUCACGCUGACUUUCGUACCACAUGGAUACACAGAGGUUGCCAAUGUCCCUGUUGCCCGACCUGGACGGCGGUUGUACAAUGUGCGGAAUCCCCAUGCCAAUUACUCAGACUCCGUCUUGGUACAGAUUGAUGCCACCGAAGGGAAUAAAGUCAUCACCCUCCGCUCUGCGCUGCAGAUUAAAAACCACUUCUCUGUUCCAUUUAUUAUCUAUAAACUGGUUAAGAAUGUUAAACUUCUGGAGCGCAUUGGAACAGUCAGCCCCGAAGAGGAGUUCCAUGUCCCUUUAGAUUCGUAUAGAUCUCAGUUGUUUAUCCAGCCGGCUGGGGACUUAGAGCAUCAGUACAAGGAGUCGACCACCUACAUCCCCUGAAAGGAGGAGCUGCACAGGAGCAGUUCCGUAACAGGCAGGCUGCAGUGUCCGGCGGUGCAGCGCAGCUUCCUGCCGCUAGUUGUGAACACGGUUGCCGAGCCUGACGAGUUGAGCCACAUCAGCGCACACGGGGAGGAUUGGAACCCGGCGUACAUCAUUCACCUCUACCCUUCUCUCACACUGCGGAAUCUGCUCCCCUAUUCCCUAAGAUACUUACUGGAGGGAACAGCAGAUACUCAUGAGCUGGCAGAAGGCAGUACAGCAGACGUCCUGCAUUCCCCAAUCAGUGGAGAAGUCAUGGAAUUAGUUCUGGUCAGAUACCUGGGCAGAGACUGGACCGGUCAUUUCCGCAUAUGUGACACGCUUCCCGAGUUCUUUCUUGUGUGUUUUACGUCUAACUCCAAAGAAGCAGUGACAGUUGACCUGUCGGUGCACGUCAGGCGAGUUGGCAACCGCAUGGUGCUCUCUGUCUUUAGUCCCUACUGGUUAAUCAACAAGACUUCUCGGGUCCUCCAGUACCGCGCAGAAGACACUCACGUGAAGCACCCAGCUGACUUCAGGGACAUCAUUUUAUUCUCUUUCAAGAAGAAGAACAUUUUUAGUAAAAACAAGGCACGUUGCAGGCGGUCGCGCGUAGUAAGACGUCACUUCCUCCCAGAAGACGCUCCGGGAGACCCGCUCGAGAUUCCUGUCACUUCUCAGAGCUUGCCCACCGGGAACAUGGCCCUGCCGCCCUUCUUCUCCCCGGCCCGCCCCGGCCCGCCGCCCCCUCAGCCGCCGCCUCCUUCUCCUUUCGGCUGCCCGCCACCGCCGCUACCCUCCCCGGCUUUCCUGCCGCCCCUUCCCCAGCGGCCCGGCCCUUAUCCGGGGACCUCCGCCCCCUUCCUUCAGCCUUCGCUGGGUCUGCAACCCCGGGUCCCCGCGGAAGGCUCCCGCCGCGGCGGUGGCGGUGGCAGUGGUGGCGGUUUCUACUCGGUGCCGCCCCCGCCGCUGCCUCCGCCGCCGCCCCAGUACCGGCCCUUCCCGGGGACCGACGCCGGCGAGAGGCCGCGGCCGCCGCCUUCAGGCCCGGGGCCGCCCUGGAGCCCGCGCUGGGCAGAGGUGCUGCCGCCUGCUGAUGAGCUCGGGGACGCGGCUGACUUGGUCCAAGCAUACAGCUCAGAAAUGGCUAACGUUGGCUUUGGUUCCACAUCUGGGGCUUAAAACUCGUCAUACGGUUGAGGAUUAUUUGUAAAACCCUCUUAGAGUUUUUCUUUGGGGUCCGACCACCCUCCGUCCAAGAUGUCAUGUGCUUCUCUUUUCCCUUGUCUCUGCCCCCCCACCCCCGGGAUGGGCGGUGUCCUUGGAGGGUCUCCCAUGGACCAGGUCCUGGUGUCAGAAGGACUUGGGUUUGGGAAGGAAGGGUGGUGGGCAGUGCCACUCCUGAGUCUGCAGUGAGCCAGGCACUGGCCACUGGCCUGCCCACCAGGGAUUUAUGCUGUGGCCUGUGAUGCUCUGAGCCCUGCAGCACAGCAGCCCCUCCUCGGUGAGAGUCCUCCUGCAUCCACCUCCGCUGGCCCCAGAGCAGCACCCAGGGGCCCUCCAGUUGGCACGGGGGUCCAGUUGUGACUCAGUCGCAGCUUCCUGUCUAGUAGCCUGCCCUGCCCAACCUGUCUGUGUGUGUUGCAGAGGACACCUACAGCUCCGAGGAGACGGUGGACCACCAGCCCAUCCACCUGAGGGUCAUGGACACUGCAGACCCGGACAUCCCCAGAACUGCGAGCGCUACCUGAACUGGGCCCAUGCCUUCCUGGUGAUGUACAGCAUAGACAGCCGCCAGAGCUUUGAGGGCAGCAGCAGCUACCUGGAGCUGCUCGCCCUGCACGCCAAGGAGACGCAGCGUUGCUACCCGGCCCUGCUGCUGGGCAACAAACUGGACAUGGCCCAGUACAGCGCUGGCCAGCAGGUUCGGCUGCCUCUUCUUCAAGGUCUCCGCCUGCCUGGACUUCGAGCAUGUUCAGCACGUGUUCCAUGAGGCGGUGCGGGAAGCGCGGCGGGAGCUGGAGCGGACCCCCCCCCCGGCCCGGCCCCUCUUCAUCGCUGAGGACAGGGCCCCCGUGCACCAGGUGCCGCUCACGGCCCGGCACGGGCUGGCCAGCUGCACUUUCAACACGCUGUCCACCGUCAGCCUGAAGGAGAUGCCCGCCGUGGCUCAGGCCAAGCUGGUCACAGUGAAGUCAUCGCGUGCCCAGAGCAAGCGCAAGGCGCCCACCCUCACCCUCCUAAAGGGCUUCAAGAUCUUCUGAGGCCCAUGCCCCUCCUCGGCAGCCCCGGCAGCAGGACAGCGGCUGGCUUGUGAUGCCGGCCUUUCUCACCGAUGGACUGCUGGCCCCGCCCACUGAUGGACAGCUGAACCUGCCUCUGGCACCAAGCAGAGUCCCCACAUUGAGCCUAAGGCACUGGGUGGGCUGCUGCUGCUUGGUCUCUAUGGUGUCCUUUGCACCUAGGACCCUGGAGGGAAACGGCCAUUGCCACAGCCCAGAGACCUGCCAUAGCAGGAAGAAACUGUGUCCAUUCUGCUGCCGUAACUCUAGCCAGGCUAGCUGUGUCCCAUGGUAGAUGGACAGUUCCCAGAGGCCCCAGGAGGGGCGGCCUAGGGGUCGUGGCGCCACCUGGUGGGAGGCAGAGGCAGCGCAACUGCUUAGAAGUAGGAGCCUGACCCUGCUAUCCUCUUCUGACCUCACAGGAUACGCGGGUAGUGACCCCAGUUUAUUCAAGGAAGAUCUGCUUAAGAUAAUUCUGCGGGGCCGCUGCACAGGCAGGGGCUCCGGGUCGGGUAUUCCCAGCGCUUCCCCUUUCAGGGAGGGGAGAAGAGAACCUCCAGUGGGCUUUCAUCAGGAUUCAGGGUCUUCUUCCCCACUUUGCUAAGGACUGUGUGCACACCCUCAGGACCAGGUCCUCAAGUCUAAUGACCAAGGCUGCAGAACACAGUGUCCUCUCUGGUUUCAGGAGAGCCCACAGAAGGCAGGGUCGCAUGCCACCUGGCAGCCACCAAUGCCGGCUCAGACAGGAACGGUGUAAAGCUUGUAACAGGGUUUGGCCGGACAUGUGACCUUCAGCAACAGAUCUGAGCUUUCAAAGCCCAGUUUUGUUUUCUUCUAGCACUGGGGAUUGAACCCCGGGCCUUCACACUGAGCUAUAUCCUCAGCUAUUUUAUUUUAUUUUGGGAAACUAAGUUGUCUAGGCUGGGCUGAAAACCUGGGAUGCUCCUGCCUCAUCCUCCUAGAGAACUGAAAUUACAGGUGUGUGCCACUGCGCCCAAGCCAAAGUCCACUUUGGUGAGACAGAACCUGAAGUAUGUCGGGCUAAUAGAGCAAAGUUUUGCAUAGAUUCUAUGGUGUCCCCCUUAACAGCUUAUGCCACAACAUCAUGGCUCAGAUGGAGCCGCAGGUUCCUCCCUGCGGUUCCCACUGUUAGCCAGAGGAAGCUUCAGAGGCAGUUGUCUUCCAGCUCUGUUUACCAUGAGCAGGUACAGGAGGAGCCUCUGGCUUCCUGAAGGGCUGGGAAGGGGAUUCUGACUCCAGAAUCCUGCUUCCUUCCAUGUCAGUGCCCCAUUCCAGGAGCUUGGACUCAAAAUCCCCCUAACCCAGCCUUCAACCCAUUCUGUGGAGGGAGAAGCUGAGGCCAGAGGGAGGCUGUGAACCAUUCCAGGCCGCCCGCGGAGUGUCCCUGCCAGGCUUCCCGAGCCCUAGGCUGCUAGGGGUUUUGCACUUUUCUUCAAGCCACUUGUGUGUUUGUGUAUAUGUGCGUGUGUAUCACAGCCACUUGAACAGUCUGUGCACUUCCCACUGCCCACUACCAGAAGCAUUUUUAAUAAAAGAUUUUUUUAACUAUCA